UCAGACAGCGCGACUUGUUUGUAGGUUUCAUCGUGUUGCCGUGCAGACUGAAGCGCGCGCGGAUUGGAGGCGGAGUCUGGACUCAGUUUCUGUGGCGACCAGGCCGUUGUAAAUAGCGUGUUUUCUUCUCCAUGCGAACUCAAACACAUUCUCAAGCUCCGUGGACACACGGCUUCAUCCGUCCGUCACUUGCACACAAGUGACAGCGGCCACGAGCGCGUGCCAUCCAGCUUUCCGGUUUAUUUGACAAAUCACGAAUUGUGUAUGCUUUCGUAUUAUUAUUUUUUUUUUUUAUUAGAAUAUUUUUAGUUUUUUUUUGGAUGCGGCAUAUAACAGAGAUGGAGAAGUAUGAAAAGAUCAGUAAGAUCGGAGAGGGCUCAUACGGCGUCGUGUUCAAGUGCAGGAAUAAAGACACCGAACAAAUCGUCGCCAUCAAGAAGUUCGUGGAGUCUGAGGACGAUCCCAUCAUUAAGAAAAUAGCGCUCAGAGAAAUCCGUAUGCUAAAGCAACUGAAACAUCCCAACCUGGUGAAUCUGAUCGAAGUGUUCAGGAGAAAGAGAAAACUGCAUCUGGUGUUCGAAUACUGCGACCACACUGUCCUCAACGAGCUGGACAGAUACCCACGAGGUGUUCCAGAGCACAUGGUAAAAAGAAUCAUCUGGCAAACACUUCAAGCUGUGAACUUCUGUCACAAACAUAAAUGUAUCCACAGAGACAUAAAGCCUGAAAAUAUACUCAUCACCAAACAUCAGGUCAUCAAACUCUGCGACUUCGGCUUUGCCAGGAUCCUCACUGGUCCAUGUGAUUAUUACACAGAUUAUGUAGCGACACGGUGGUACCGAGCUCCAGAACUCUUAGUGGGAGACACGCAAUAUGGCCCGCCAGUGGACGUCUGGGCAGUGGGUUGUGUGUUUGCUGAACUGCUAUCUGGCGCCCCUCUAUGGCCGGGCAAAUCCGAUGUAGACCAGCUCUAUCUCAUCAGGAAAACUUCAGGUGAGUUGAUUCCUCGCCAUCAGCAGGUGUUUAGCACUAACCAGUUCUUCAGCGGAGUUUGUGUCCCUGAACCACAGGAGAUGGAGCCUCUUGAACUGAAGUAUCCGAACCUCUCAUAUCAGGCGCUGAGCCUAAUGAAGGGUUGUUUGCGGAUGGAUCCAGCAGAGAGGUUGUCUUGUGAGCAGUUAUUGGAACAGCCGUACUUUGACAGUCUGCGAGAAGAAAGUGAGAGUGUAACUCGUGAACUGGACCGCAAGAAACGCACACGCCACCCACGCAAACACCUGCCACUUGGGUAUCUUCCCCAGUUGGCCAGCAGUACUGUGUUCCCAGCUGUGGAGAACAGAAAAUACUACAACAACCUGCGCAAAUUCAACUAUCAUCUGCCCAACAUAUGAUGGAAGUCGACUCCUCAGGAACCUAUAAAAACUGACCAUCCACCUCCCAGCUGGUGUAUGUGUGCGAGACAAAGGGCUCUGCUCUGCCUGUAGAACAAUGAUGUCACACUGCCAAAGCAACGACUCACAGAGGAAUUUAUAUUAAAAAAUAAAGUAUGACAGCAAUAAUAACAUUAAUAAAAUUGAAUGUUGUGCUGUGCUUUAUUGUUUGAUUAGAGACUGAGAUCAGUGCUGUAGAAGAGUUAGCGCUGUGGGGCAUUUUUCCUAUUUUAGAUAAUAUACUAUAAAUGAUAAUGAUGCUUUAUUUAUGUUUAAAAGUGUGUAUACUGUAUAUGACGAAAAGCUUUUCUAGAGACAUAACCCUGUUUUAGUUGACAACAUUUAUUACCCCCAGUGGACUUAAUUAUAUUUUUGUUGCCUUGAGGACUGGUGCUAAUAAAUGAACCACUUACCAGCACCGGAUGCCAAAUUUCAGAGAUGUGAUUCACAGUUUUGCAAACAUGAAAAGUAAUGUAUGGGAAAUUAAAUAUGCUUAAUGUUUUUGUUCAUUUUGUUUUGAGACUUUAUCAAUAAAGACCUUUCUGAAA